CCAGAACAGGGUCUAAGGUUUCUGGGAGGACAGAAAGAGCUUGGGAAAAAUCAUGGCCGAUGAUCAACCUAAUCAACCGCGUUCCCAGUCUGAGGACCAGAGUCCCCAGCCUAGCUGCUCAGGGUACCCCUUCAAUGUGGUGGAUGAUGAAAUCCCAGGACCAUCAGCCCCCUGGGUAGACCCCCGCCCCAUGCCUGAGUCCCCCACAAGGAAGAGAGGAAGGGAUGAGUCAGAUGAGGAGACAGGCUCUGGUGCUGAGGACAUCUGGGUCGUGGAGUCACUGUGUGGCCUCAAGAUGAAGUUGAAGAGACAACGGGUGUCUUCAGUGCUCCCUGAACACCACGAGGUCUUCAAAAAGUUGCUUGACGAUCCUGUCAUUCAAAAAUUCCUGGCCUGGGACAAAAAUCUGAGCGUAUCCGACAAGUAUCUCCUGUCUAUGGUCAUAGCUUACUUCAGCCGUGCUGGCCUCUUCUCCUGGCAGUACCAGCGAAUCCAUUUCUUCAUAGCCCUGUGAGUAUUUUUGUCUCAUCCCUCAGUAGAAUUCGCUACCUGGGUGGAUGGAGGGGGAAAGUGGGACCCUCACCUUUCAUCUACUUUUUUUUUUAAACCAUUUGUAACUGUUUAUU